CACCCACCGACCGCAAAACCUGCAUCAUGAGACCUACCCCGCCAAUUGCGCCUCAUGACCACAAGACCUACAUGCGGUACGCUCUUGAACAGGCGAAGCUCUCACCACCCUCGCCUUCAAAGUUUUGCGUAGGGGCUGCUCUGGUUGACGCCGACGCGAACCGGGUUCUCUCAACAGGUUACUCGGAGGAACUGGCCCGCGACCGACCAAACGAUCCCGGAUCUACCCACGCUGAGCAUUGCUGCUUCAUCAAAGUAGCUGACGAGAAUGGAAUCCACGACUUUGACAUCGCGCCUGUCCUUCCGCCCAAUACGGUACUCUAUACGACCAUGGAGCCUUGCAACGAGCGGUUGAGCGGAAACCGGACAUGUGUUGAGAGAAUUCUGGGACUUGGGAGCGCGAUCAAGGUGGUUUAUGUCGGAAUUCGCGCGUCAAAUACGUUCAUUCAAGAUAACCAGGGUAUCAAGAGGUUGGAAGCCGCUGGCGUGAAGGUUGUCUUGCUGGAGGACGACGAGACUCUUCGUCAAGAGAUUCUGGAGGUCACGUUCGCUGGACAUGAAAAGAGGGAUUGA